AGGGACCCUCACACGAACCACUCAGAUUUGGAAUAGGAGCACAUCUGCACUCUCUGCUCUAAGAUAGGAUCUCCUUAUCUGCAGGAUGCCUGGAAACAUCAGAUCAGUCUCUGUGGUCUCGGUAGCUUUGUUGUGCUUGGUGUUCUGCAGUCAGCCGACCAGUCUGGAUGCAGCCCCCCUCUGUACGAAUGCCGAGGCUGGGUGUCACGUCCUCUCCCUGGCUAACCUGUUUGACCGGGUCAUUCAACACUCAGCCAGAAUGCACGGCAUUUCAAAUGACCUUCACUCUGAGUUUGAGCUUUACUUCCUGCCCAGUAAGAAUCAGAUUGGCCGGGUCAGUCGCAACUGUCACACGUCUAACAUCCUCACCCCAAAUGGAAAGGAGAACGCUCAGAGAAUGGCGAGGGAGGAGCUGACGGAGGUGAUUCUAAAGCUCCUGGUGGCAUGGAGGGACCCUCUGUGGCAUUUCCACCAGAGCAUGACGCACUUCCACGACUUCAUUGACUUCAGCUCCAAUAAAUCUCUUAAAAUGAGUGAUAUGGUGCACGAGCUACGGAAAGGAGUACAGAAAGUAGUUGAGAAGAUGCAGAUGUUGGGAAUAUUAAGUAACUCUGUCAGCAGCCUCAUGUCUCCCGAGGCUUUCUUGGCAUCAGGCAGUGCUGAGUGGCGCCUAAUGAAAGACUACGAGCUCCUCUACUGUUUUCGCCGAGACUCCAACAAGGUCCAAAACUACCUGAAGAUCCUGAAGUGUCGCAUUGUUCCAGAGGAUGGAUGUUAA